AAAACAUGUCUCAUCUUGAAAAUAAAUCACAUAAAUUACUCCCAAACUUUUCGAAUAACAUGCCUUCGGCUGAAACCUCUACGAACUUUUCACUUUCAGGAAGGUCACUGCUUAAAUUCACUUCAGGCUGCUUGUCAACUAGCGUAACAUCUUGGGGGACUAACGAAAAUAGUAAUAGUGCAAAGGAUAAUAAUGAAGUAUCAUAUGGAGAUAGAUUCAUUCCUGUUAGAACCGGUGAUAUGAUAUCCGAGUUUCGAAGACGACCUGCAACGUCUACAGCAGAAAAAUCACAAAAGAGGAAGAGGGAAGAGCCAGAAGUAAAUUCGAAACAAAAAUUCCUCAAAUUUCAUUCGACAUCGCCAAAACAUCGUGGUAUUUUAGAUACGCCCUUUAGAAAUGUAUAUUCCACAACUCCAUUUUCGCGACAAGUAGAGGAUUUAAUGACAAAACCUCGUAAACCUACCAGAAUAAUUAAUCCAUUGCCAUAUCAAAUGCUCGCAUUUUGCAAUGAAUUGAUGCUCAAG